AUGGCUAUCAACUCCAACUUUUACGUCAAACCAGACUAUGUCCGGAGGGGUGGCUGGACCAACUGGAAUGGCAAUUCGGUGUCGGGCGGCAAGAUCACCAUGGGCAAGAACUCGGCAGACCUGGUGGCCAUCUUCAUCGGUAUCUUCAUCGUCUUUGUUGAGGGUGGUCUAUGGACACUCCUGACUCUCUUCCUCUUCAAGUGGAAUCGACGUCGGCGACUUCGCCGUCGCGCCAUACAGCAACAGGGAGAUUUGGAUGCCCUCUACCACCAGGAAAUGACGAUCCUCCGCAAUAGUGACAGCGCAACAGCCGUUGCCUCAGCCUACUUGAAGCUCUGGUCUACAUGGGGCAUCACCAACUCACGCGUCGCGUGGCGCACCCUACCGCUCAUCCUCCUCGCCGUCCUAAGUUUCUUGUUUUUCCUCAUCGGGGUGCCAUUCAUCGCCGCCUUCCAGCUACUCGAAAACCAAGGCGACGAGGUCCUACUCAAGAGUCCGAAUUGCGGCUUCUGGUUAGCGAGCCUGGCUGACGAUCCAGUCGCCGGUUUUAAUGCGCUGAGAAACCAGUCCUGGGAAGCCGUCACCUACGUCGACAGCUGCUACGAGGGCAGCGCCGAGUUAGCGCUCUGCGAUCAAUUCCUCCCACGUCGGCAGCUGCCAGUGUUCAGUUGGACCAACGGCGAGUGUCCCUUUGAUAAGAAAAUCUGCCUCUCGAAAGACAAAUUCCCUGCUUUUGUCAUGAAGACGGAGGUACUGGACUCGCACACGGAUUUUGGAAUCAAUGCUCCAAAGCACGAGAGGGUCAAAAUGCAGCGAACCACGACGUGCGCUCCGCUCGAUGUUUCCAAGUACACCAAAAUCCACAGUACUGACAUACUGGGCGAGAAAAUGACGUCUCUCUACUUUGGAAAGACGCCGUACAGUCCGCAGACGUAUAAUGUGAGCAGCCUUCAGUUUGUAGCCAAGGGAAGCUACAACCUUGAUGUUGUCACCAACUAUGUGGCAAAUGGCACUGCCUAUAGUGCGACAUUCGAGCCUAUAACUGAGCUCCAGCGCGACGACGCCGACACGUCCAUCAUUAUGCUCAACAACAACGGCAUUCCAAUCCCGGGCAUUAAUGGGCCAUGCAGUGAUCCCUUCUUCUCUGCAACUGAGAAACACCUGAGCUUAUUCCCCGAUUACUACUUGCCUGACAACCCCGUCACUGCCAUUGGCUGCGUUGACCAGUACGAGUUCGGGAACCCCGUUUCCCGCGAAUGGACUAAGCCCGCAAGCUGGUCAGACGCCACCAGUAACAUCACCUUUAUCAAGGGUCUCUCGAGACGUCAAGCAUCUGCCUACAUCUCGAUUGGCUGGUCAUCGGGGCAGGUAGGCAUCGGGUCCGACGUCGUGAUCCUUGGCGCCGAAGUCCUCCGAGCGAGGAAAUAUCCAGGCCUGGUCGCUGGGUUCCAAACUCCGAUCCCAAAUGACCAGUGGAAGAAGGAGGUGGAAUAUUGGUUUAAAAUAGGACUCGCAAAGAUGCAACUUCUCCGCCUCAACAUCGCCAUGGGCCCCCAGGAUCCAACUAUGCCGGGCAUGAAAAACAUGCUGCCCGUGAUAUCCGCCGGCAGAGACGACAUGGUGGAUAUAAUCUGUUCCUCGCAGAAGAUCCACAACACGGAGUUCAAAAAUUUUCACCGUCUCGGCUUCAUCACGCUCGCCGUUAUUGGCGGCCUGUUCAUUCUUCUGCCAACACUCGUUACCAAGCUCCUCAUGUCGCGGCUGAGGCAUCGCGAUGAUUCACUGGCCUGGGCAACGUAUGGCCAGCUGCAACUACAACGGAUGGCGACUUCCGGCGCUGGCGUACAAGGUUGGAAGGGAUGCGACCACGACGUUCCGUUUCUAGACCCAAGCAAUGCUUCGGUUGGAGAUAUUGAUGUCACUAACAAGGAUUCUGAGGAUAAACCGCAUCCAGUGUGGAAAGGGCCGGACCAUGAGAUGAAGCCAGGCCACGAAGAUGACAGGGACUCGGACGAAGAUGAAGCAGCGUUCCUUGGCAGGAUACCGACACACCAGACUGGUUCCACAGCAAGGGUUCCGUUGAUGGCGGCAUCACAGGAGGAUACCUCGUAUCACAGCACGUACAGGUGA